AUGUCUCACCCCAUCCAGUCCUUCCAAGAUGUCGUCGGGCUGGGCGCCCUCGCUUCGCACGCGAUUCGACACCCCCUGGACUUUCAUCACAGCGUUGGUCCUACGCUCAACGAGCUCACCGGGGGUUUUCUAGGGUCGUCCUUUGAUCCAGAGCGUGAUACUCCCGAUCAACCAGGAAAGGUCAUCUUUGUCACUGGAGGAAACACUGGCCUCGGAAAAGAAACAGUCCUUCAACUAGCCCGGCAUCGCCCAGAGCGUAUAUACCUCGCUGCACGAACCGCGACAAAAGCUCAAGAUGCGAUCGUUUCGAUCCAGGAAGCUCUCCCUUACCCCGCAGACAUCCGACACAUCCCCUUGGACCUGGCGUCCUUCGCGUCCAUCCGCGCGGCCGCAGAACAAUUCCACUCCGAAUGCGAUCGCCUAGAUACUCUGAUUCUCAAUGCUGGGACUAUGGGGAAUCCAUCGUCCCUCACGGAAGAAGGAUACGAAAUCCACGUCGGCACGAACCACAUCGGCCACUUUCUCCUCACGAAGCUGCUCCUCUCCACUCUCCGACAAACCGUGUCCCGCUCCCCGGACGUCCGAGUGAUCACGCUAAGCUCGUUAGCGGGGAAGAGCGCGCCAUCAUACGAUGUUAUAACCUCAACUUCUGGCCUGAUGGCUCACGGCUGGCCAACGCGGUAUGGUGCGUCCAAGGCAGCGAAUGUGCUCUUUGCUGCGGAGUUGGCUCGGCGGCAUCCGGAAAUCCUGUCCGUUUCAGUCCAUCCCGGGUCGGUGGGGACCGAUUUAUAUCAGCAUUCUAAACAGGCUGGUGAUAUUUACAACUUCAGUGUUGCUCUUAUGGCGAAAUUCUUCCGUAGUCCUCGUACAGGAGCUUUGACGCAGAUUUGGGCUGCAGGUACACCGAGGGAGAAUCUGGUCAAUGGCGGAUACUAUGUUCCGAUCGCAGCGAAGGGAGUAUCGCCGUACGAGGGGGAUGUGGGGAUGGCGAAGGCACUUUGGGAGUGGACGGAGAGCGAAAUCGCCAAGCAUAAUUAA